UUCAAAACAUCAACAUAGUUAUGUCAACAAUGAACCUAGUCAAAGUCAACAUGGAUUUGCGAUCGAACAAACAAUAAUGAGUUCCUAAUAAUAAUUUUAUUCGCCAUUUACUUAAUGAAAAAUUCUAUAAAAACGGGCUCAGCUAGACCGAUCACUCAGUUCAGAUAUUACUGUUAUGUAAAACUUAAAUGAAUAAUACGCAACCCCCAUGUGGCUCUGUGGCGGCCUCCAAAAUAUUCCACAUUUCAAAAGAACCUCCGUUGUUCUUCAUCAUGAUGAGGUUCAACAUAAGAGUAGCUCUGUUUUUGGUUACCCUAUUGGGUUUUUUCACUAUAUUUUCAAUGUGGUCUCUAUGUGGAGACAGACAUUUUAAGGAAUGGAAUAGUUUGGAUAAACAGAAGGAGUUUAUAGGCACUGAAGAAAUAGACUGUUUCAUUAACAACGAUUAUGUUAUUGGCUGCAGGAAGGAGGGCGAUGAGGUUUUCCUUCCGUUUUCGUUUUUGAAGAAGUAUUAUGAAGUUUAUGGGAAAGUAAUCAAUGUUGAUGGUGUAGAAAGAUUUGAGUGGUCCCAUAACAGUUACAAUAAGAUAUAUUAUCCUAAAGGGAGGUAUGACCCCAGAGGUGUUUUCAUGUAUUUUGAAAACUAUAAUGUUGAAAUGAGGGAAAGAGUGAAAUAUGUUAGUGCGAUAGAAGGAGUGCCUAUUUCAACUCAAUGGGGUAGUCAUGGUUAUUUCUACGCUACCCAAAUAGCACAGUUUGGAUUAUCUCAUUACAGUAAAAAUCUUACUGAUCCAGAGCCUAGAAGAAAAACUGUUGAGGAUUCUUAUAGGAAUUCAGCCAAAUGGACUGUGCCACCUGAGUCAUUUCUCGAAAGAACAUUUGAUAGCAAUGUCACUAGUAAUAUUUUGAGGUUUCGUACUGGAGACCACAUUUCAGAUAUGAUAUAUUUGAAAAUGGAUCAUGUAUUAGAUUUUGUACUAAGCGUUAAUUUGAUGCUUGGAGGGAAUAGUACUUUAACUGUUGUGAUGCAAAAUAGGGAGAAAGGAGAUGUUUAUAAUCUGCACUAUAUGGGAACUGAUGUCCCAAUAACAGCACAGGAUAACAAUAUUUACCAUGGCAUAGGUAGUUUUCAAGAAUGGCGCAAAAUAGUUAGAGAUUUAAUUGUUGAUCUAGACAAGGGACUGAGUUUGAUGAGGGAGAAAACGAAACAUAAACGGAUACCUAGAUCUAAGUUGAAAGUAACCGCUAUUUUACUUUUUGGUUUUGGGUCUAUUGCCAACUUAACCCUCUCCACAUCGGAACAUAUGACGAAUUUUUACAGUGCCGCUGAGUGGUUUGUUAAAUAUCAAGAUGCCAAUGGGGGUUGGCCGAUUCCUGUGAGAAGACAUCUGGCCAGUGGUUUUUCAGAUUUGGAACCAGGCUGGUAUUCCGCUAUGGGACAAGGGCAUGCUCUCUCUGUCUUGUCCAGAGCAUACUAUCACUCCGGCGAUGCUAAGUAUUUGGUGGCAGCAAUGGCAGGUUUGAAACCCUAUUCACUUCCUAGUUCAAAAGGCGGCGUUCUUACUUCAUUUUUAAAUAAGUACUCCUGGUAUGAGGAAUAUCCGACGAAUCCUCCAUCUUUCGUUUUGAACGGAUUCAUUUACUCGCUCUUAGGGCUGUACGAUCUUAUUAAAAUUGCACCUCGAGGCCAAGCGGACUUAGCUAAAGAACUUUUCGAAGACGGGGUAGUUUCCUUGAAAAGUAUGAUCACGUUAUUCGACAUGGGUAGCGUUACCUCAUACGAUUUGAGACAUUUUACAUUAGGUAUAGCGCCGAAUCUUGCACGAUGGGACUACCAUGCUACCCACAUCAAUCAGUUGUUGUUAUUAGGGAAGUUAUUGAACGAAUCGGUUUUCACAGUGACUGCCGAAAGGUGGAUUGGCUAUAUGAACGGUAAAAGGGCACCGCAUAAUUGAGUUCAUUGAUUGAAUACGCAUACUUUCACUCUUUAGCCUGACGAGAAGUCUUAUGAUUGAUGUUGGUUUGUAGCAGACUUGCCAAUUUUGUGUUAACGUUUUGGGAUUUCUUUUUCCACAUAGGAAAUACGGUUGAAAUGAGUGUCAUUACUCCAUUUUUUCCCUUGUGAGAAUUACGAACUGAUUAUCGAUAUAUUUACGCAAAUACGGAAUCUUUCUUUUUGGAUAAUGUCAUUUUAUCUUUGGGGUAAGUUGGUGAAUAGGAAAAAAAAUUAAGAAGUUUGGGGAUUUUUCAAAUACUCCUGGUAAUUUUGAGUUGAUGUGGACGAUAAUUGAUGAAAAAACCAUAAUAAUAAUAAGGCAAUGGAGUUGACGCCUUAAAUAAUACAAUAAAUACAAAAGUAUUUAACCACAGAGAACGUGUAUGUGUAGCCAACAAAGAAGAGUAGAGGUUUCGCUCUUUUUAGAGCUCAUCGGUUCCGCAUAAAUCCAGAAACUUAAUCGAUAUCAGUGGAUGAUGUAAUUUUUCGCAUUUCUAACAUUUUUUUAAAAAUAUCAAACAGUGAAGUUGAGGACAGACAUGUGUUAAAGAAUUUGCAUGAAUCAGAGGUUAUUAAAGGGUUAUAGUCUAUAGACAAUCAUUUCGAUAUAAGAUCGCAGUUCAUACACGAAUUCGUUAUGUCUUCAGAUUCAAA